UAUGGUGGAGUGGGCGAUUAAGUGAAGAACCAGCGUGUUUGGGGUGAGGCGUUUUCGUUGUAAAAUAAUUGCAACGUUGCGGUUGAACAUUGCAUAGCUUUAUGUACCAGAUUUGUUCAACUUACUAGUGUACUAUAGUGUGCUUUUCAAGUGUAAGAUCGUUCACAUCAGUUUUUUGCAAUUAUACAGUGAAUGGAUGCUGAUAAUUUAUUUAGCAGCGAUCGAAAAUCGUUGUUUGGUUUACUAAAAUAUAUAAAUAGUGAUCUCAUCGACAGUUACAUGGCAAACACAAUAUUAAUACAUAUGAUAAAGUGACAAUGUCUUACAAUUCCUCGCUCGACGAUUUCUGUGGAUCUGAAUUUUGGGACAGCAAUUUAACAUGGUAUACAGAGAACCCUAAGUUCACACCUUGUCUAGAAAAAACAGUGUUAGUAUGGAUACCUUGCCUGUACCUUUGGGUGGCCGCCUUUCUCGACGGCUAUUACAUUAUAAACAGCAAAGAGAGAAAUAUACCAUGGAACAUUUUAAACAUAAGCAAACUACUGGUCACAUGCCUUCUGAUACUUUUAAAGUUUGUGGAUCUGGGUGUGACAGUUCACAAAUCAUCGAAAGAAGAAGAAGACGUCUUUAAUGCCGACUAUUAUGCUCCAACUGUGAAGAUCCUCACUUUUAUAUUAUCAGCAACGUUAUUAUACUAUAACAGAAAAUAUGGUAUGAGAGCGUCGGGUGUGCUAUUUUUCUUUUGGUUACUUUUAAUAUUUGCGGGGUUACCGCAACUUAGAUCUGAAAUAGUAUCACAUUAUACACUCAAAGAAGACGAGAAUGUACAGUACAAUUUUGUUAGUUACAUGAUAUACUACUCUCUGAUAAUAUUGAUGUUUGUAUUAAAUUGCUUCGCUGACUUACCGCCGAGGGAUACGCCGUAUAAAUUUGAGAAGAAUCAAUGCCCGGAAAGCGCGUCUGGGUUUCCGAGUCGCCUGACAUUCAGCUGGUUCGAUCCGUUGGCUCUCACCGGGUUCCGUAGAAGUUUGACGGAAAGCGAUUUAUGGGCGCUCAAUCCACCAGAUUCCUCGAAAGAAGUCGUGCCAAAGUUUGACAAAUUUUGGGAGAGAACACUCAAGAAAAGAGAGAACGCCAAUGGCACAAAAGCAACGUACAGUAAAAACUCGGCGAGUGUUAACUUCAAACCCGAGAAGGAAAGGAAGCCGGCGUCAAUUCUGCCAGCGCUAUGUCUAGCGUUUGGCGGACAAUUUAUUUUUGGCGCGCUUCUCAAACUUAUCAACGACAUACUUAUGUUCCUGUCGCCUCAGAUACUUAAACUUUUAAUAAGAUUCGUCGAAAGCAAAGAACCAUUAUGGAAGGGCUAUCUCUACGCUGUUGGUCUUAUAGCGUGUGCAACAGCCCAAACCAUGUUGCUGGCUCAUUACUUCACGAGAAUGUACCUCGUGGGUAUGAGAAUACGUACUGCCCUAACAAGUGCCAUAUACAGAAAAUCUCUUUGUAUAUCGAAUUCGGCGAGAAAAGAAUCUACAGUGGGGGAAAUUGUUAACUUGAUGUCCGUAGAUGCACAAAGGUUCGUAGAGUUGACAGCGUACUUGAAUAUGAUAUGGUCAGCGCCCCUCCAAAUUGCUUUGGCUUUGUACUUCUUAUGGGGAAUUUUAGGCCCCUCCGUUCUAGCGGGUUUAGCUGUGAUGAUAGUACUUAUACCGGUUAACGGACUUAUUGCCAAUAGAGUGAAAACACUACAAAUCAGACAAAUGAAGUACAAAGAUGAACGUGUGAAGUUAAUGAAUGAAGUACUUAAUGGAAUUAAGGUUUUAAAAAUGUACGCAUGGGAGCCGAGUUUCGAGGAGCAAAUACUCAAAAUACGUAACAAAGAGAUGAAUGUGUUAAAACAAACUGCGUAUCUCAACUCAGCUACCUCAUUCAUAUGGUCUUGCGCACCAUUUUUGGUGUCGCUGAUGUCAUUUGGGUGCUUUGUAUUGGUGAAUGAUCACGAAGUGCUGGACUCUAAGCGAGCCUUCGUUGCGUUGUCUCUUUUCAACAUACUACGUUUUCCACUAUCUAUGCUGCCUAACGUUAUAUCGAAUGUAGUACAAACAGCAGUCGGUAUAAAACGAUUAAACAAAUUCAUGAAUUGUGAGGAACUAAAUGUGGAAUCCGUGGAACAUGAUCCAAAAGAACCAAAUCCACUGGUGAUUGAGAACGGUCACUUCACCUGGGGUGAUGAAUCGCAGCCUACCCUGAAGAACAUCAACAUACACAUUCCCCGAGGAAGUCUCGUGGCCGUCGUGGGAGCAGUAGGCUCCGGCAAGAGCUCACUGCUUUCCGCUCUGCUUGGAGAAAUGAACAAAAUCUCUGGACGCGUUAAUACUACAGGGAGUGUCGCUUACGUAUCGCAGCAAGCAUGGAUUCAGAACGCAACACUGCAAGACAACAUAAUAUUCGGCAAGCCUUUGGAAAAGAGCAAAUAUAACAACGUGAUCAACGUAUGUGCGCUCAAACCGGACUUUGAGGUGUUGCCCGGAGGUGAUCAAACUGAAAUUGGGGAAAAAGGUAUCAAUUUAUCGGGUGGUCAGAAGCAGCGGGUGUCGCUUGCCCGCGCGGUCUAUUUUGACGCGGAAAAUUACUACCUUGACGAUCCGCUCAGUGCUGUGGACUCACACGUCGGAAAGCAUAUAUUUGACAAGGUGAUUGGUCCAAGCGGAUUAUUAAAAGACAAAACACGCGUCUGGGUGACACACAACGUGUCAUAUCUUGCUCAAACUGAUCACAUAUUAGUGCUGCGAGAUGGAGAAGUUUCAGAAGCAGGCACCUACCAACAACUUCUGGAGAAGAAAGGCGCCUUUGCCGAGUUCCUUCUACACCACUUGAGUGACGCUGAACGAACGUCUCCUGAAGAAUUGGAUGAAAUAAAACAGGAAUUGGAAAGUAAACUCGGCUCCGAGUUCCAAAACAAACUUCAGAGAGCUCGAUCAUUAUCUGAAAGCACAUCAGAGUCUGAACAACCAGCUGCCGGUGACCGAAGUGGCAGCGUAAAGAGACGCACACCGGACGCUACAACUCCUAACGACCUAAAAGAGAAAAACAAACUUAUUGAUGCUGAAAAAAUGGAAACUGGUAGUGUGAAAUGGAGCGUUUACAAGCACUAUCUGACGUCGGUAGGCGUGGCCGCGUCCGCUAUCACGAUACUUAUGAAUUUGGUUCUGCAGCUCUUCCAAGUCGGCUCCAACUACUGGCUAGCGAAGUGGUCGAAUGAUGCUGAAAUGAUGGUGAAUGGCACGGUUGACAAAAGCAGAAGAGAUCUGUACCUCGGUGUAUACGGAGGUCUCGGCGUUGGACAAGUGGUGUCGGUGUCGGUGUCGUCGCUGGCGCUGUACCUGGGCACGCUGGCGGCGGCGCGCGUCCUGCACGCGACUCUAUUGGCGGGCGUGCUACGCGCGCCCAGCAUCGGCUUCUUCGACUGCACGCCCGUUGGCCGCGUGCUCAACCGCUUCAGCAAGGAUGUCGACGUGCUAGACAACGUGCUGCCGAUGACGCUCCGCGGUUGGACCUCCUGCUUCUUUGCGGUCUUGGGAACGCUAUUCGUGAUAAGUUUCUCGACGCCAAUAUUUGUUGCUGUCAUCCUGCCGGUUGGAAUAGUAUACUAUGUAAUUCAGCGGUUUUACGUAGCCACUUCGAGACAGUUGAAGCGACUUGAGUCUGUUUCUCGGUCGCCCAUUUACUCGCACUUUGGAGAGAGUAUUACUGGGGCAUCCACUAUUCGAGCAUAUGGAGUGACACAAAGAUUCAUAGAAGAGUCGGAGCGCGGUGUGGACCACAACCAAUCGUGCUACUACCCGAGUUGCAUCGCCAACCGAUGGUUAGCCGUGCGGCUCGAGAUGAUGGGCAACCUUAUCAUAUUCUUCGCGGCAUUGUUUUGCGUGCUGGGCCGAGACACCAUCAGCCCUGGUCUUGUGGGCUUAUCUGUCAGUUACGCCUUGCAGAUUACACAAACAUUAAAUUGGCUCGUUCGAAUGACUUCAGAAGUGGAGACCAAUAUAGUAGCCGUUGAAAGAAUAAAGGAAUACGCGGAAACCAAACAGGAGGCGCCGUGGACGGUAGGAUCGGGACCGGGUUCGACGUGGCCGGAGACUGGCGCACUUCAACUGGAGCGGUUAUCGCUGGGCUACCGCGAGGGUGAACCCGCCCUCCGCGACCUCACGUGCGCCGUGGCCCCACGCGACAAGCUUGGCAUUGUGGGCCGCACUGGCGCCGGCAAGUCGACAUUGACGCUCGGACUUUUUAGGAUAGUAGAAGCUAUGAGCGGCAAGAUCCUAAUCGACGGCAUCGACAUAUCCACGAUCGGUCUGCACCAGCUGCGCUCGCGCAUCACAAUCAUCCCUCAGGAUCCUGUGCUGUUCUCGGGCACACUUCGUAUGAACCUGGAUCCGUUUGGCGUCUACACAGAUGACGAAAUCUGGCGCUCCUUGGAGCAUGCACAUCUUAAAACCUUCGUGCAAGGCCUUCAAGCAGGUCUUCUGCAUGAGAUAUCCGAAGGAGGUGAAAACUUAUCAGUAGGACAGAGACAGCUGGUUUGUUUGGCGCGUGCGCUGCUCCGAAAGACUCCACUUCUAGUACUGGAUGAAGCCACCGCAGCUGUCGACUUGGAGACGGAUGAGCUCAUUCAGAAAACGAUCAGAUCCGAGUUCGCGUCCUGCACGGUGCUGACUAUCGCGCACAGACUCAACACAAUCAUGGAUUCCACACGCGUUAUGGUGCUGGACCGCGGACAGCUCGUGGAGUUUGCACCACCACAGCAGCUACUGCAAGACAAGAACUCCAUCUUCUACGGCAUGGCCAAAGACGCCGGCCUCGUCAACUAAAAGAAAGCCGUCCUCUAAAGCGUUAAAAGUUUUCUGCGUGCGACCAAUCAUCAGAUCGCAUCAAAUGAAGAUCUUCGUCCUAUUCACCCUCAAAAAUAUUUGAGUAGGCAAUGCUUUUGUGCUCGUAUGAAGUAUAUAUCACUGUGGUUUGGUCGCACGCUGGAUGCACAACGCAACAAAGACUCAAGCUCGUGGAGUUUGCGCCACCGAAACAGCUGCUGCAGAACUCCAUCUUCCAUGGCAUGGCCAAGGACAGCUGGCCUUGUUAACUAAAGGCAAGGCUAAAUCGCGGCGUCCUCUAAAGCGUUAAAAGUUUCCUACGUGCGACCAAACACAAUCCUGACUGUGUGAACAUGGGCUCGCACAGAAUUUUGUCCAGGAUAGGCUCAUACUUCCUGCUUUAUAGCAGGAAGUUGGCAUCAAAUGGCAUAAUCCAAUUCGAGUUAUACUGUAAAAAAUUAUGAUACGGAGUGCUUUUCUGAUUAAUUGAAGUGCAAGCCACUGCUUGUGAUUGGUCGCACGCUGCAUGCACAUGACAACGCCUCUAAGGAUGCAUGUCUUUGUGUGGCCUUCGCUUAACAGGUCGUAUAUGUAUAUUGUAUGUAAGCAGGCGUUACUUUGCCUAAAUCCAUACACUAUGAACAUUUUUUCUACCUAUUUUUAUCUUUUACGAUGAUACGGAACCCUUCAUAUUCGAGUUCAUCUCGCACUUGGCCGUUUUUUAUAUUUAACUACACCAUAAACACUUUUCUUGUUUAACAAAAUAAGUGAAGUAUAAAAAUUAAGUUAAAAUACAACCAGGUCAAGCUAAUAAAUACCAAGCGAAUAAAAAUACACUACAGAUUUGUCUGGUUUACGUAUGUUUGUAAAUUAAAUUGAGCCCAGCCCUCGUAUCGUGUUGCUAUCUAUCGGUGACUUCCUGUUACUUUCAUACAAAAAUUACGAAGAGUAUAAAACUCUUAUUGCAUCGGAGGUCAAAAAUAGUACCCUAUUGUUUUUUAUUGUUUUUUACAAUUCAAAAAAACAUUUUUUCUGGGAUGUGUGCGUUUUGUAGACAAAAUUGAUGAGUGAGCAAUUUCAGUAGAAAACCUGACAAGUAAUUUUUAAUAAUUGUGGAGAACAUUUUAAGACUUCUUUUAAAAAAAUAUUUUUAAAACGAAAAGAAUAACGCUAUAAAAUUACAUUUACACUUCCACUGUUAUGUUAUCUACGAGAAAUGAAAAUAAAACAUGUUUUUUUUCUUGACUGGUAAUUUAUUAAAAAAAAUCGCUUUUUUCACUUAUGUCAUCCUUAUUGCAAAUGAGUGAAAGUAUCUCAAUAAACUUUAAAAAAAAAUCGUUUAAAUUUAAUUCUUUCGUUAUACAAAACGUCAACCAUAUCCAGGGUGUUUAUUAGCUCACGUUUGUUGAAACUUUUUACGUACUUAUCUACUACUUAGAUUCAUAAACACGUUUGUUGAAACCGUUUAUAUGUACUUAUACCUAUUAUAGUAUUGGAUAUAACAAUGUAUUGUUUUUUCCUUGUCAUAUCCAGUACUGAUUGUUUUUAUCGUAUUAUGCUGAAACAAAGUAAAUAUGGAAGUGUUAACGAUUUAGUAUAUUUGCUGAAUAUGAAAACGAAAUCUGAUUUGUGCUGAAUAAAAUGAAUGCAUGGUA